AUGUUGGUUCUGAGGCGGCUGCUGUGAGGCGCCGACGGAGCGAGCGGGCGGACGUGUGGGAGCGGCGAGCGCGUCGCGGGAUCUGCCUGAGUGCGAGAGCGGCGGGGCGACGGCGGCGGCGCCAUGAGCGGGGGCACCCCUUACAUCGGCAGCAAGAUCAGCCUCAUCUCCAAGGCGGAGAUCCGCUACGAGGGCAUCCUCUACACCAUCGACACCGAGAACUCCACGGUAGCCCUCGCCAAAGUUCGCUCCUUCGGUACAGAAGACAGACCAACAGAUCGUCCAAUACCACCUCGAGAUGAAGUCUUUGAAUAUAUUAUAUUCCGGGGAAGUGAUAUCAAAGACCUCACUGUCUGUGAGCCACCGAAACCACAGUGCUCUUUGCCUCAGGACCCAGCUAUUGUUCAGUCUUCACUAGGUUCAUCAUCAUCUUCAUUCCAGUCAGUGGGUUCCUAUGGACCUUUUGGCAGGAUGCCAGCGUACAGUCAAUUCAGUCCGAGUACAUUAGUUGGGCAGCAAUUUGGUGCCGUUGGUGUUGCUGGGAGCUCCUUGACAUCCUUUGGAACAGAAGCAUCGAAUAGUGGUACUUUAUCCCAGAGCAGUGCAGUUGGGUCUGCUUUCACACAGGAUACAAGAUCUGUAAAACCACAGCUAGCCCAAGGUCGAUCAAGCCCUCAGUUAGAUCCUUUGAGAAAAAGUCCAACCAUGGAACAAGCAGUACAGACCGCCUCGGCCCACUUACCUGCUCCAGCACCUGUUGGGAGAAGGAGCCCUGUACCAGCCAGGCCUUUGCCACCUACCAGCCAGAAAGCAAUAGACAACCAAGAGCACAGGCGAGCUGAAGUACACAAAGUCCCAAGGCCAGAAAAUGAGCAACUGAGAAAUGAUAGCAAGAGGCAAGUAGUUCCAGGUGUUCCUUCUGCUCCAAGGAGAGGCCGUGGGGGUCAUCGAGGUGGCAGGGGAAGAUUUGGUAUCCGUCGAGAUGGUCCAAUGAAAUUUGAGAAAGACUUUGACUUUGAAAGUGCAAAUGCACAAUUUAACAAGGAGGAAAUCGACAGAGAGUUUCAUAAUAAACUUAAAUUAAAAGAAGAUAAGCUUGAGAAACAAGAGAAACCUGUGAAUGGUGAGGACAAAGGAGACUCUGGAGUUGACACGCAGAACAGUGAAGGGAACGCUGAGGAGGAAGAUCCGCUCGGGCCCAACUGCUAUUACGACAAAACUAAAUCCUUCUUUGACAAUAUUUCUUGUGAUGAUAAUAGAGAAAGAAGACCAACUUGGGCUGAAGAAAGAAGGUUAAAUGCUGAAACGUUUGGAAUCCCGCUUCGUCCAAACCGGGGCCGUGGGGGCUACCGAGGCAGAGGAGGCCUUGGCUUCCGUGGUGCCAGAGGACGUGGUAGUGGCCGAGGAGGGAACUUCACUGCCCCUCGAGGAUUUCGUGGUGGAUUCCGAGGCGGCCGUGGGGGUAGAGAGUUCGCAGACUUUGAGUACAGGAAAACCACGGCUUUUGGACCCUAAAAGGUCUGGAUUGGUCAUACUGCUUUCUGAAAGAAAGACAACAAAGUUGCUGCAUAGUCUACAAACAAGUCUUUGGAAAUAGGUGACUCCUAGCUCUUCAUGGUCCUGGAAAGUGGUUUCAGUCUUUGUGAAGAAUGAAGAAGUGAAGUUGAUGUCUGUCUGUCACCAGCACUGGGUUUUGUCUGUUUUUCUGCUUCAUUUCAAAGCUACAUGGCAGUUGCUUUGGGGCAGGAAGGCUCGUCUUAAACACAAGCAUAAGUGUAUGUGGAGUAGCGGAAGGCUGUGGUUCCUGGCAUAGAGUUGAGCUAAAGCGAGCUUAAUGGGACUGCUAAGUAUUUUUUAUCACUGAAAGGAUUUUUCUUAUCACUAAUUAAUUGUAUUCAGCGAUUACUUCAAGUUGCCUGCAGAUAGGCCGUGAUACUGUGUUUUGAGCCACAGAAGGUUGUGUGUGUGUGUGUGCGCGUGUGUGUGCAUGUGUGUGUGUCUGUAUCUUUCUUUUUGGAGAUCCUAUAAUAUGAGGGUAGCUUAUUUCGACACUUAAUUAGGGUGCUGGAUGGUAGAGAAUUCUGUCAGUCGACUGUGUACACACAGGCAAAUACUGUUUCUUAGGCAAAGGUAACUUUUUUAUAUAGUUGUAAAAUUCCAUUAUAUUCCAUUGCCAAAGAAACAUUAAGAACUUUGUAUAGCUGUAUAAAAAGCAACUAAUUUUUUAAAGAAUAAACGUUUUAAAGUCAGCAAACACACGUGUCCUUGCAGAAGUCGGCGGGCUGAGGAGCAGGUGGACGGGCCGUUUCCCCCUUGCAUU